AUGGAGGGGGACUACUACGCGGUGCUGGAGCUGGGCCGCGGCGCCACCGGCGCCGACAUCAAGGCGGCCUAUCGGAGACUGGCCUUGAAGAACCAUCCUUUAAAAUGCCGGGAGCCCUGGGCGCAGAAGAGGUUCAGGCAGCUGGCGGAGGCUUACGAUGUGCUCAGCGACCCCAUGAAGAAAGGCAUCUACGACAAGUUUGGAGAAGAGGGGCUCAAAGGCGGCAUCCCCUUGGAGUUUGGUGGCGAGAACCCCUGGACAGUCGGCUACGUGUUUCACAACAACCCUGACAAAGUCUUCAGGGAGUUCUUUGGCGGAGACAACCCCUUUGCAGAGUUCUUUGCCGAGGACGGCUCGGAGUUGGUCCUGCCCUUCGGAGGGCUGCGAGGACGAGGAGCGAUGAAGCAAGACCCCCCCAUCGUGCGGGAUCUGUACCUCUCCCUUGAAGACCUGUUCUACGGCUGCACCAAGAAGAUUAAGAUCUCCCGCAGG